AUGAGCGAGCAUUGGUCGUUCGAUACAGAAGACCAUCCAGAUGUGUCAAUAGAUCCUCUCUUCUUUUACAUUCCAAUCAUCAAUGACGAGAAAAAGUGCCUUGCAAUUGACAAAAACUUGAGGACUGCAGCUCUUUGUUUGCGAGCACUUCUUGAUGCCGUUUUCGCACUGCAUACUAUGAGUUCUGGGUUUAGGUUGUAUCCGUAUAAGGAGCUCUACUUUGUAGAUGUACUUUUGUACAGCUUUCGCAGCAUACUAGUUGCCGUUUUCCUCAUGCUUCCCAUUCCGCAGACAGUCGGUCGUUAA